GAGGCGGCACGGAAGAUGAAGGCUUUUCUCGUCACCCUGCUGGCUGCCACCCUGUGCGUGGAGCGAGGCCACUCGCUGCUGUGCUACGCAUGCCACAAUGAGUCAUCCAACCAGGAAUGUAUGAAGAUAGCGAUGUGUGCAAAAGAAGACAAAUAUUGCGUGACCAUCCGGGAUAUGGUGGGAGCUGGCAAAGGUCAAAACCCUGAGGUCCGCAUCUCCAAGAUGUGCUCUCCAGAGUGUCCCCAAGGGGGCCUGGAGGAAGGCAAAACGACCACGAAAGUGUUCUGCUGCGAUAAACCGUUGUGCAACGUGAAUGGAGCCAGCAGCACGAAGACCAGCUACUCAAUGAUUUCCCUGGGGAUGGGGACUGUGAGGGGUCAGGAAAAGAGGACUUGA